AGAGAGAGAGAGAGAGAGAUUUUAGAGCGUUGUUUUGUUCUAUGGACACAAGACGCUCUGCUCAGAGCUGAAAAGCUCAUCUCCUGCAAAGAAAUCAGAGAGAGAGAGAGAGAGAGAGAGAGAGCAAAGAGAUGGGUUGGGAGACUUUAAAUUAAGGCAGCAGAGCGGUGCAGAAAGAGCAUAUAUGGCGGCGUUGCAGAGAAGGGGAGAGAGAGAAAGAGAGUAGCCGUUGAUUCCGCGGCGUUCUUUAAAUGCUUCCUAUUUCCUAAAUUCACUCUGAAGCAGGAAGGAAAGAAAGGGAAUUGUUCAACACAGGCAGCCAUUAACACUGCCAAACACUGACUGAAUUCUGUCUCUCUCUCUCUCUAACCAACUAGGGCUGCAAAUUAAACCCUCCCCCCAACAACAAGCAAACACCACCUCCAGUACCACCACUACACAAACUCACACAAACAUACUCUUUGAGAAAGAAAGGUUAGGUACAGAUUAAGAGAAAUACAUGUACGCUCAUAUACGACACACGCAGAACGAGAAUUCUCAAAGAAAGCCGAGAAGUUACUGGGUAACAGUACGACACCCACCCCCAUCGUUCAAGGCAGGCACAGAACCAUUUCGUAGUUGGGUUCUGAUUUUGCGGUGGGAGUGGAGCUUCUGAUAUGGAUUGUCUGUCACAAUUGAAGUGCGGGUCGGAUUUUGAGGAGGAGCAAUGGCUGGUUUUUUCUCAUUAGGUGGAGGAAGGGGUACCACGAGCAGCAGCCAAGACGAUCGUCAUCGGCAAAGCAGCAACAACCCUCCAACGGAAAUUCCCCAGGAGAGCUUGUUUUGGUACAAAAAUGAUGACCCAGGGUACAAGGGUUUCGAACUAUGGCAACAGCAGGAACAGGUGCUUCUUCAACAUCAGCAACAACAACAGCAACGGCACCACCAACAGCUCCAGCAAGAUCUCUAUGCUUCAGCGGCUGGGUUAGGCGUGGGGCCCAGCCGGAGCUCGAUCAACGUCUCCGAUGAGUCGCCGUCGAGAUCGGCGUUCAUGAUGAUGAGGUCCGCAGGGGGAGGAGGAGGAGGGGUGAGCUGCCAGGACUGCGGGAACCAAGCCAAAAAGGACUGCGUUCACAUGCGGUGCAGGACUUGUUGUAAAAGCCGAGGGUUCGAGUGCCAAACCCAUGUCAAAAGUACUUGGGUCCCAGCUUCCAGACGCCGCGAGCGCCAACAACAACUCGCUGCUAUGCAGCAGCAGCAGCAGCAACAUCAACAACUUCAGCUCCACGGAGUGAAUCCCAAAAGACAGAGAGAGAAUCCUGGCUCUUCCUCUCUUGCCUGCACUCGUUUGCCCACCAGCGCGUCAGGGCUAGAAGUCGGCCAUUUUCCGGCAGAAGUGAAUUCUCCCGCCGUUUUCCGUUGCAUACGAGUGAGCUCCAUUGACGAAGCAGACGAUCAGUACGCGUAUCAGGCGGCUGUGAACAUUGGAGGCCAUGUUUUCAAGGGAACCCUCUAUGACCAAGGCCCCGAAACUAAUUACUCAAUUGCUGGGGAGAGCUCCUCCGGGGGAGGUGGUGGAGUUCAACCUCUUAACCUCAUUGCUGGUGUCACCAAUACCAGCGCCACCACUGCUAGUGGUGGUGGUGGUGGCGGUGCAGACGUGGGUUCUUCUGCCAUGACACUUCUCGAUCCUCCUUCACUAUACCCUGGAGCUCCGCUUAACACUUUCAUGGCUGGUACGCAAUUUUUCCCACCACCUAGAUCUUGAAAAACAGUCCCACAUUCUUCCAUCUCUCUCUCUCUCUCUCUCUCUCUCUCUCUGUGACCAACUUAGUUAAUCUUCACUUUCUCAGCAAUAUUUGAUAAUGUUGUAGUAGUAAAUUUGAUAACCAUUCAAGUAGGAGCUAUUAAUGAAAAAGAAAAAGGGCGACAGGAAACGCGGAAAGCUGUUUGUUUUAA